CGGGGGCGCGGGCGUGAUUUAUAAUUCAGGUCCAGGGGGCAGAAGGCUCCGCCCCGUCUGUUGUUUUUUCCUGGGAGGGAGAAGGUUUCUUCUGUUUGCUUCUGCCCCAGAUCUUUCCUGGACAGUGAGCCUCAGCAGCUGAGAUCCGGGGGGCCCCCGGCCGGCGGCGGAGGGCGUGGGAGAUGGAGGCAUAAAGCUCUCCCCGCCUCUUCCUAAGGAAGCCAGCCCGCGUCAGCGGGCGCUCCGCGACUUCAGCUGGCUGGCCGCGGCGGGCGGGCUGGCCAAUGGAGUGUGCGGUUACGGAGGGAGGGGACCCCGACUCCACAAGUUUAUGCGCGAUGCUGUCAGGCGCGGGCAGCAGCAAGAUGACGGGCGCGCAGUGCGGACCCAGAGCUCCCCGAACGCGACUUCGUCCCGCCUGAGCGAGGCUGCGGUUUCGAGGCCCUCUCCAGCCAGGACACCAGCAUACCCGGAAAGCCUGGAUCUGUCCCGUUGAGAACUCUAGCGGCCAGCGAAGGCGCGCUCCGCCUCGCCCUCUAGCGUUCGCCGGAGAAGCGCCAUCCCAUCCUGGGUCCCUGGGGAUACAGUGCACACCAUGGGGUCCACCAGCAUCCCGCUGGUCCAGGCCCUGGGCAGCAGCUCUGUCUCCGACUACCUCAACUAUGACAUGAUCAUCCUGCAUUACAACUACACGGGAAAGCUGAAUAUUGGUGUGGACAAGGAGACAGGCAUUAAAGUGACCUCGGUGGUGUUCAUUCUCAUCUGCUGCUUCAUCAUCCUAGAGAACAUCUUUGUCUUGCUGACCAUUUGGAAAACCAAGAAAUUCCACCGGCCCAUGUACUAUUUUAUUGGCAACCUGGCCCUCUCAGACCUGUUGGCAGGAGUGGCCUACAUAAUCAACCUGCUCUUCUCCGGGGCCAACACCUACAAGCUCACGCCGGCCCAGUGGUUUUUGCGGGAAGGCAGCAUGUUCGUGGCCCUGUCAGCAUCGGUGUUCAGCCUCCUGGCCAUCGCCAUCGAGCGCUACAUCACCAUGCUGAAGAUGAAGCUGCACAACGAGAGCAACAGCUCGCGCUCCUUCCUGCUCAUCAGCGCCUGCUGGAUCAUCUCCCUCAUCCUGGGCGGCCUGCCCAUCAUGGGCUGGAACUGCCUGCGCGCGCUGCCCAGCUGCUCCACGGUGCUGCCGCUCUACCACAAGCACUAUAUCCUCUUCUGCACCACGGUCUUCACCGUGCUGCUGCUGUCCAUCGUCAUCCUCUACUGCAGGAUCUACUCCUUGGUCCGGACUCGCAGCCGCCGGCUGACCUUCCGCAAGAACAUGUCCAAGGCCAGCCGCAGCUCCGAGAAGUCGCUGGCACUGCUCAAGACGGUGAUCAUCGUCCUGAGCGUCUUCAUCGCCUGCUGGGCGCCGCUCUUCAUCCUGCUCCUGCUGGACGUGGGCUGCAAGGUGAAGACCUGCGACAUCCUCUUCAAAGCGGAGUACUUCCUGGUGCUGGCGGUGCUCAACUCGGGCACCAACCCCAUCAUCUACACUUUGACCAACAAGGAGAUGCGCCGGGCUUUCAUCCGGAUCAUGUCCUGCUGUAAGUGCCCCAGCGGAGACACCCCCGGCAAGUUCAAGCGCCCCAUCAUCGCUGGUGUGGAAUUCAGCCGCAGUAAGUCAGACAACUCCUCUCACCCCCAGAAGGACGAUGGGGACAACCCCGAAACCAUAAUGUCCUCUGGGAACGUCAACUCUUCUUCCUAAAACUGGAAGCUGCCAGCCUGUGGGGAAUGCUUUUGCGUGGUCACCCACCACCCAAUAUUUGGAAAGAAAUCUCCGUGCCUGGCCGGCCGCCAGGGAGGAGCUGCUGGAGCCAGAGGGAGGGCGGGGCGAGGAAGAAGGGCCCCUGGUGCCGGGUCGGGCCUGUGGGUACAGUCAGUCCUGUGAACAAUGCGCGGGAAGGGUGGAGAGCAGGUCCGUGGGGGCCUGCAGUCUGUUUCCUCCCCCCGGAGCUCUGAUUUUGCACUGAGCCAAAGGUCCAGCAUUGUCAAGCUCCUGAGGGUUCACUGGGCCCCUCCUCGAAGACCAAGGUCCCCUUGUGAAGUGUCUCUGUUCAAAGCUUUGAAGAGAUGUUUUCUUUCACUUUAGUUUCCAACCAUGUGCGUGUGUGCACUUCUGCUUCUCUAGGGAUGCUCCAGACCGCACCCUCCCUUCCCCUUCACACCUCUCCUUGAAAUCCUCCGAGUUCAUAUUCUAACUACCUGGGGUUCGUCCCAGCUGGGGGGUGGAACUGCCCGUGUCUCCAUCUCUGCAGCUGGGCUGUGAUCGGGAGGCAGAGAGGAGAUAGAUGGACGUGGUUUGGACAUGUCAGGCAAUUUCAUUCGCUGAGGCCAAAGUUUCCAGUAAGCUGGAUCCGUUUUUUGUUUGGAAUUUGGUUGUAGUAACUCUGAUUUUUUUUUUUUUUUUUUUACCAUCUUUACAAUGGAAUGUGUUACAGUAUCCUGCCAUUGUGGCUGAAAUCUGUAUAGGGAAGCCCAGCUUAUCUAAAUGGUAUCAGCCAGGAGCCUUAGUGUCCCAGGAGAAACAAAGGCCCUAACAGGGUGAAAACCCACUGGGGGGCGGGGGGCGGGGACUUUAUAAACCCAGAGGAAUUUCCUAACGAAUUUUUCUAACAAAUACAUCUGUCUUUGGCACUUUUGUUGACGUUUAUUACAGAGUAUUGUGUGCAUCAUUUCAACCAAUGAGAUGGUUGUAUUUUGUUGUGUUAAAAGUACUUUUCAUGAUUUUUGAAUGUAUUUGUUUCAGCAUUUUAUUGGAUUUUUCUAACGUGUGUUAACACCAUUGAAUGUGUAUUUCUUAAGAAAAUGUCACCUUCUUGUACCCUUAAAGCAUUACUUUAACUGAUAGGGAAUCCAGAAGUUUCCAGUACCGCUGUUCUUAACUAGUUCACUGAACACGAGUGUAAAUGUUACAAAGAAUAAAAUGUAUUGCUCUCUCUUUAGUAUGGUUUUCAGUGCAAUUAAAACAAGAAAGGUCUUUUUGUAAAAAAAAAAAAAAAUAGUAUUUAAUAGGUUUCUGACUUCUGUGGAUUAUUUUGCACAUAGCUUUAUCAACUUU